AUGGCGUCCCAAACCCAACAAGGCGAUUUCUGCCUUGAGUGCAACUGGGAAGCCUUCCACAUUGAUGGCAAGGCUACGGUAAAUCCUACGGGUAAUGCUCUUCAGCAUCAUUGGAAUUGUUCAAGCCAUGAGACCCAGACACCGCUGCCCCCCUGCGAAGUCGACGAGGCCUGCUGUGAUGUAGAUGACUGCGCGCUAGACUGUGGGUCAGUAUGUGACGGAUUUAUGGGCUGUGACACUUCCACUGUAUGCUCAGUCACUCACUGCGAGAACGACAAAUGCGAUGAUGAUAACUGCGACGAUACCCACUGUGGUGAAGAUCAUUGUGAUACCAACCACUGUGAAGAGGAUAACUGCGAGGACAACCACUGUGAAAGUAUUGACCCUCUGUGCUUCGAAGACCACUGCUGUGAUGGUACUGCGGCUCAAGACUGCGGCUUUGACGCUCUGUUUGAACUCAACACUCCGCUGCCGCUAGACACGGGGAUUUUCCCUUCUUCUGUAAUGGAAAAUCAUCUCGUUGGCCAUACGCCAAAAGCCAUGCAACAUCCUUUCCCUGGUGUUGUCAACCCAUAUCAACACGAAAACUUACUAUCCUCGUACCAAACCCAUGCUACCCAUUGCGAGCAAGAGGUAUCCAACCACUUCGAGUGCCGUGACUUCCAGAAAGAUUGGCAAGGGAUGUUAGUGGCGCCUCCUGUUCCCACUCAGACCGACGUCAACCCAGCGGAAGUUUUCCACAUGCUCGGUAUGUGUUCCGACUUCUCGAUAUGUGAAAAUCAACACGUGCCUGCGCCCCAGAACGGUCUCGGUGCCUUCGACAAGCCCAAAAUCGACACAUCAGACGCAUACAAUUGCUUACAUCCUGUACAUCACCAUGUCCACAAUCAUUUCAAAAAUCCUAAUGAUUUUGACUUGCAAACUAUACGCAAAGGACCUCACCGAAACCAUCAUCGCUGCCGACCUCACACCCAUACUCAUUCUCACCCAUAUUCCCCAUAUUCCCGACAGUCUCGCUCAAGCAUCAGCUCCCAUUUCAUUUCCAGCCCAGGAGAAACCCCACCACCUCUCGACGGUGAUUCCUCGUCCGUGCUUACCACACCGGACUUUUCCCCGUCUGACAGUACGCUGCAUAUCUGCAAGUGGGCAGUGGAUGUUCAUGGGAUCAAGGCUGCCUGCGGUGCUACGUUUGCCGACUGUGGUGCUCUUCAGGAGCACCUUGUUGCCAGUCAUAUGAAUACCGUGAAUGGUCCGAAGGGCAAUGGGUACUACUGCUGCUGGGAAGGAUGUCAUCGUCCGGACAAGCCCUUCUCGCAGAAGUCCAAGCUUCAAGGCCAUUUCCUUACACACAGCAACUAUAAGAAUUUUUCGUGCUCAGUGUGUGGCAAGGCGUUUGCUAGACAAGCGACAUUAGACCGACAUGAGCGCAGUCACCGCGGCGACAAGCCAUACACAUGCAAACACUGCAAUAAAUCAUUUACAGAUAGCAGCGAAUUGAAAACACAUUCGCGAACCCACACUGGCGAAAAGCCUUUCAAAUGCACCUGGCCAGGAUGCAACUUCACCACGGGCGACUCUUCGAAUAUGUCUAGUCACAGACUUACCCACGGCGAGCGAAGACAUAAAUGCCUUUUCCCAGGCUGCACUAAGAGCUUCACACGCCCUGACCAAUUGAAACGCCACCAGAGAACAACGCAUAAACAGGAAUCCUGCUUGUCACUCUCCUCACCGAACCCUGAACACUUCACUAUGACUCCCUUCACUCUGGUCUAA